CAGCUGAAAGGUGGCAAAAGGUUAGUGCUGACUUUGAUUAACUUUUACCAGCAAAUUUAGCCCCCAACUCCCAACUUCGGUGCCCAUUUAGUUGGUAAUCGAUUUGUCCCAGCCUAAGGGUUUGCGAAGAUGUUGGGUCGAUUUGGAAGUGCGAUCACUGCGGUGGCUCAAAAUGCCCCCAUGCAACAGCAACAGAGGGGCAUGGCCACCUUAAAGGCCAUUUCCAUUCGUCUGAAGUCGGUGAAGAACAUUCAGAAGAUCACCCAGUCUAUGAAGAUGGUGUCGGCCGCCAAGUAUGCCAGAGCUGAGCGCGACUUAAAACAGGUCAGAUCCAUCGGCAACGGUGCUAAGCAGUUCUAUGAACAAGCUGAAAUCGCCCCACCGCCAGAUGCGCCCCAAAAGCUGUUCAUUGCUAUCACUUCCGACAGAGGUCUAUGUGGUGCUGUGCACACUUCAGUGGCUCGGCACAUCCGUACCGAGCUGGGCAAGGAUGAUAAGAACAUCCGAAUUGUCUGCGUUGGAGACAAGUCGCGUGCUAUUCUGUCCCGCAUCUACGGCAACAACAUUAUUUUGUCGGCCAAUGAAAUUGGGCGCUUGCCCCCAACUUUCAUCGAUGCCGCCAAACUGGCCGACGCCGUUCUGAAGAGCGACUACAAGUUUGCCUCCGGCGAAAUCGUCUAUAAUCGCUUCAAGUCGGUGGUGUCUUACGAAACUCAGACCCUGCCCGUUUACAGCUUGGAGUCCGUUGUGACCGCGCCGAAACUGUCCAUUUACGACUCUCUCGAUGACGAAGUGAUUAAAUCUUACCUGGAGUUCUCCUUGGCUUCUUUGCUGUUCUACUCCAUGAAAGAGGGCGCAUGUUCUGAGCAAUCCUCCAGGAUGACCUCCAUGGACAACGCCAGCAAGAACGCUGGAGAGAUGAUCGACAAACUGACCCUCACGUUCAACAGAACCAGACAGGCCGUCAUCACCAGGGAGUUGAUUGAAAUUAUCUCUGGAGCCUCCGCUCUGUAAAAGAACAAGAAAACGUCUGUACAAUAUGCAGCAUAACGGCCAUAAGCUUCUAAAUAAACAGUCACGAGUCCAAGUCCUGUCUGAUCUAAAUGCUGGUUUUGUAGCAGCGCUCCGUAUGUAAGGGUAAAUUGGAUCGAGCAAUAGCAAGCCCAAAGUCUCAUUUAACAUCUCUUUUAUUCCUGUUUACUGUUAUAUACUUAUGCUAUAAAAUUAUUUGGUAUGUAAUAAAUGUACUCUCAGAAAA